AUGCAAAAAAUAGAAGCAGCUCUUAACUUACUUGCAGUAGACCAUCUAUCAAUUCGUUUGUUAUAUCCUAAUAUUAAUGAGCAGCAAAACUUAAAAGAUAUAAUUAUCUUGUUAAAGCCAAUUGAAACUGCAAUGAAAUUGCUUUUAGCAACAUCAUAUCCAACUAUAGGAGAUAUCCGUUUAGUGUUCUUAGAGGAAUACUGGGUUAUAAUGAACAAAUCUUUUAUUGUAUCCACUGUUCUUGAUCCUUGUGCCAAAUUAAAAUUUUUUGAUAAAACAGAAGCUAUUAGUGCUAAGAAAAAAUUGUGCAACAAAUUAGAAACCGAAGAAUCUUCAGUCUCUAAUUAUUUAGAUGACAAAGCUCUUGAAGAACCAUCAGUCACUAAUGAAUUGGAUCGUUAUGUUGUAUUAGAAACAGUUGAAGAAGAUACAAUCCCAUUGGACUGGUAG